AUGGAUUCGACGGAAGCCCUGCCGGACGACGCGCUCGCAAACAUCCUCCGCCGCCUCCCGGCAUCCGACCUCGCCGCGUCCUGCUGCGUGCGCAAGGCGUGGUGCGCCAUCGUCGACGCCCACCGGCUGUUGCUUCCGCACUUUCUCCCGCGUGCGGUGCGCGGCCUCUUCGUCAACUACAUCGACUACGACCGCCCGCGCUUCUUCACCCGCCCCUCGACGGAGCGGCCCGCGAUCAACGGCGAUCUUGGCUUCUUGCCUGGGUACAAUUGGGAUUUCGAGCCAAUUGUGGAUCACUGCAACGGCCUCCUUAUCUACGGCAGUGAGUGGAGGGCGUUCUGCGUGGUCAACCCUGCCACAAGACGGUGGGAGCGUCUCCCACGCCUUGAUGCCAAGAACUACAACACGUACCUCGUGUUUGAUCCUGCCGUGUCACCGCAUUACCAAGUGUUUGCGAUUCCACAGGUGCCCGAGAAAGUUGUUCCAGUCCAACCACAACCAGUGCCCGACAAGAAGCCACCAACACCCUUCUGCCUCACUGAGUUUUUCUCGUUGUUUGAAGAUACACCAGAAGUACUCACCAAGGACUUGGAAGAGGACUGCGAAGAUGGACCAUCGGAAUUGUCACCGGAACAAACCAUUGAAGAGGACAUACCCGCACCGUCACCAAUUGAGGUUCCAGAAGACCCACUAAUUGAGGAUCCAGAAGACUUGGUAGAAUUUCCACCAUCCUCAUGGAUGCUAGACGUGUUCUCGUCUAGUACAAAAGAAUGGCAAAAGAGGUUGUUUGUCCGUGAAGGUGAGGCUUUGGACACGGUGGCUACUAUACGGCUGGAUAGAUUGGAACCAACAUUUUAUGGGCCGAGGUGGCGCUACGGUGUCUACCGGCGAGGAGCAUUCUAUGUGCAUUGUCGUGGUGCAUUUGUUGCAAGGUUAUCCUUAAAGGAUGGCAAGUACCAACUAGUGAAAACACCAAUAGAUAUCGAGGAAAGCAAGCGUGCACAACCUUAUCUGGGGAAAUCAGAAAAAGGGGUUUACUUUGCAACAAUUCACGAUGAAUAUCUAUUUCGGGUUUGGAUUUUAAAUGAAUCAUGUUGUCAGAUAUCUUGGGCAUUGAAGCAUCACAUUGAUCUUAACCCAUGGGCAACGAUAUAUUUGAACCAGCCUAAGGGAAUUGACAAAACUUGGUUCUUAUAUGGUGAUAAUAAUGAAGAUGGAACCAAUGGGGAUGAGAAUUUUGAAUGGAACUCCGAUGACGAUAACGUUCUGAAUAUUGAAGAUGAUUAUGAACCUUUCUACAGCCAUGUUUCUAUCCUCGGAUUUCACCCCUACAAAGAGAUUGUUUUCUUAGAGGUAUCAUCAUUCAGAGUAGUGGCUUAUCAUCUGAAUAGCUCAAAAGUUCAGUACCUGGGCAGAUUACGCCCAAAGGAUUAUUAUCAGUCAUUUACAAAUGGCAUAUAUGAAUCAUUUCUGUACACCCCUUGCAUGAUUGGGGAGCUUUCAGAACGUGCUUGA